CGAUCUGAGCGGAGCCCCCCCUCCUGCCACGCCACUCUCCCACCACACAGCUGCUCUCUGCAUCCCUCUCUUCAUUCUUUCCCUCUCCCCUCCACUGUCCCCAGCUCCUUUUACCGCACUCCCCAUUCCUCCAUCCUCCCCUCUGCACUCCCCCUCUCCCUUUGCCCCUCUCCUGCCCCUCCCUCUCCCUCUUUCUCUCUCCAUCCCAGUCUCUUCUCCCUGCUCCUCUCUGUUCUCCUGCCCUAUCGUCCAUCCCCUCCUUCUCCUUCUCCUUCUCCUGCCGGUGUUUCCGUGCGUGGCGCCCAUUGGCUGCCGGCAUCCGUCCCCCAGUAGCUGCCACUCCACUCCUCUGUCUGCCCGAGCGCAGCAGACGAGCCCCCUUUCCCGCAGAUGGCGAGGGGAACGCGGGGGAGAGACCCGCCGGCGUGAGGGUGAGGGACCGCGCAUCCCCGGAGGGACGCCAGCCCGGCCGGCUGGCCACCAGCAGGCACGGGAGUGGGCCCCAGUCCCACACCAGUCACGGAGGAGGCGAUGGGCAGGUCCAGGAAGAAGGACUUGCGUCUCCGGUAGUACAUGGUGGGACUCACUCCCUCCUGGGACUGCUUUGCUUAAUUGCUUUUAAGAAAGGGGAAGGGGAAAAAUAUGACACGGAUUCUCCUGGUGAAGCAGAGGAAAAUGUACAUCCCAACGACACAUUGCUAACUGAUCCUGCAAGGACACUGCCCCCUGCCCUCUUCCUUGACUCUGCUAUGGACACUUCUGCUUUCAGCCUCCCCACGCCGGCAGUGUCAGAGGAGGGGAAUGCCUCUGGCAGCUGGGCAGGCUUCACCACCCCCAACAGCUCCACCACCACCAGUCCUGGUGUGGUUGUCAGCGGUGUCCUCAUCCCCCUGGUCUACCUCAUUGUCUGUGUGGUGGGGCUGAUUGGGAAUUCUCUGGUCAUUUAUGUGGUCCUACGACACUCUGUGAGCGAGUCAGUGACCAACGUCUACAUAUUGAAUCUGGCCCUAGCUGAUGAGCUUUUCAUGCUGGGCCUCCCAUUCCUGGCCGCACAAAAUGCCCUGUCCUACUGGCCUUUUGGGUCUUUCAUGUGCCGCCUGGUGAUGGCUGUGGAUGCCAUCAACCAGUUCACCAGCAUCUUCUGCCUGACAGUGAUGAGUGUUGAUCGCUACCUGGCCGUGGUCCACCCAGGGAAGUCCUCCAAAUGGCGGACGGCACGAGUGGCCAAGGCUGUGAGUGCAACUGUGUGGGUGCUGUCUUCCGUGGUGGUGCUGCCAGUGGUGGUCUUCUCAGAUGUCCCCUUAGGGAUGAGCACAUGCCACAUUCAGUGGCCAGAACCUGCCUCUGUGUGGAGAGCUGGCUUCAUCGUCUACACUGCCACCCUAGGAUUCUUUGGGCCACUGCUGGUGAUUUGUCUCUGUUACCUUCUUAUCGUUGUGAAGGUCCGUUCCUCUGGCAGGCGGGUGAGGGCUCUGUCCUCCAAGCACAAGCUUUCAGAGCGCAGGGUGACCCGCAUGGUGGUGGCUGUUGUGGCUGUCUUCAUCCUUUGCUGGCUCCCCUUCUAUGUCCUCAACAUAAUCAAUGUCGUCUGCCCACUGCCAGAGGAGCCAUCCCUCUUUGGUGUCUACUUCCUCGUGGUGGUGCUGCCAUAUGCCAACAGCUGUGCCAAUCCUAUCAUCUAUGGCUUCCUCUCCUACCGCUUCAAGCAGGGCUUCCGGAGGGCCAUCCUCAGGCCAUCUCGCCGAGUCCAGAGCCAGGAAGUGCCAGCAUGUCCCCCAGAGAAGACUGAUGAUGAAGGGGAAGAGGGUGAGAUCAGCAAGAUCACCCAAAAUGGUAAUGACAGGCAGGAACACCCUCUAAGCAGUGGGGAAGGAGAAAACAAUGAGCAAAAACCACUCCCUGAGGAGCCUGUGGGAUGUGAAAAGAGCAACAAGUUGCAUGUCAGUUAUUUAUGAUGAAAGGAAUAGUGCAGGGGAAAGAGAUAUUGGGACAUGGGAUCCCCUUCACCCUCUGUGCUUUUCCACCAAGGCAAUGGGAGAGGUUGAUACAAGGAAAUAUUCAAGGCCAAAACUCUGCUUAAAGAUGAAGAGGGCUCCAUGAGCUUGUGGAAGAAGCAAGGCAUUGUUCUUGGCUUUGGAAGGGACACCUGAGGUUUGUGUGGUACCAGGUAAAGGAAGAACUGGAUCCAGGGAGAGCUGAAGAGGUGAUGGGCGCUGACAGUAUGGAGAGAGCAAGGCCAGCCCUAGACUGCAUGAUCCAUCCUUAGAUCACCCAGCUGUGCAAGGCACCAGCUGCCAUCUGACUGUGGCACCUCAAGGAAAUCCUCAAAAUGGCAUAUAUGACAUGUACCAUUGAAGAUCUAGAACAGGCAUUUCAGUGCCUUGGUUAUCUUCCUUAUAAACAGGAGAAGUGGUUUACCCUAAAGGAAGAAUAGGAAGAAAAAUGUCUGCAGCUAAGACAUGCUAGUUGCAUGAAUGUCUGACCCUUCUCUAGCUCUCCAAUAAGUCUUGGGGACAGUGUCUCUACCCAUGCUGGUCCUGGCUGGAGACCACUCUGACUGCUCAAGGCCUCUUUCUUUCCAGGGCUCUCAUGGACUCUGGGUAGGUUGAUGAGACUUACCUGGGAGAACAAAUGGGACAUUUUUUUCCUGAACCUCACACUCUUUAGGGUUUUCCUGGUGCCUCUGCACCCUGGUGCAGAGGUAGAGAAGACAACAAGGCAUGGGUUGGAGGCAGAGUUUCUUACAAGCUGAAAUGCCUUUCCCCUUUUCCUCUCUCUAAGCCUUACUGUAA